UAUAAAUCAUGAGCACUUCUAUCAACUUGAACCAUUUGACAAUUUAUGACAUCGGAAUUCCUGAGAAGUACAAGUUCAGGCUCAAAGUGCUGAAGACUGUUUAUAUCACAUUUUUGAUACUGACAGCAGUCUCUGCGCUUCUGUUAUCAUACUCAAGGCUGCAAGGCCAUAACUAUCCCGAGUUCAUAUAUGCUGGUGUUUCCUUUUUAGGAUUGAUUACCUCCUUUGCUUAUGUUAUUUACCCGAAAUAUGAGUUUUCAAAAAUGGUUUUCACUCGAGUAAUCAUCACUCUGUAUGUCAUCAUAUCCAUCUCAGUUUUCAUUGGCACAGUGUUCUGGAUUGUUGGCGCAGCAGUCAUCGGGAGAAGACGGAACUGGGAAGAUCAAGCUCUUUCGCAAUAUUUGCUUGAUAUUGGAAUUAUUUUGAUGAUUUUUGCCAGCCCUUUCGUUGUAUCACUCAUUAUUAUUUCGACCUACUUGGUCAGACGAAGAAUAGCGAGGAAAUUAAACCAGAGCUGUCAAGAGAGUAAUGAAGAGUCGUUGAUCACUUCAGAUGAUGAACACUUGAAUGAUACAGAAAACAACCAAACUUCAGGUAUCAAUCCUCUUACAGAAUCUUCGAAAAUUUGUGAUAAAGAUGAGUUGGAAAGCCAUCUUUCUGCUGAAAACUGAACUUCAGCCAAUUCAGUGAAUACUCUUGACAAAGCUAAUAAUCCUUAAUCUUAACACUAGCCUCUUCUAGAUGAGAUUUUCCUUGGGAUUCCAGAAAUUCAAGGCCUGAAGACGUCUGAUAUUGAUCGUGA